AUGCCGAGAAAAAGUGAUUUGGCUAAAGUGGAAGAAGUUGGGAUAGAUAUAGAUGCAGAUUUGAGCGACAGUGAUGGUGAGAGGCAAGCAGCUGGAAGAGGAGCUGCAAGGGGAAGAGGUCGUGGUAAAAAAACAGCCAGCGAGGACGAGGGUGAUGAAGAUGAGGAGGAAGAUGAGGCUCCAAGGAGAGGCAGGGCAGCAAACAGGAAGAAGGCAACUAAGAAACCUGGUGGUGGUGAUGAUGAUGAGGAUGAGAGCGAGGAUGAGGCUCCAAAGGGGAAGCGACGUGGAGCAGCCAAUAAGAAGAAAGGAGGCAAAGCCCAGGGCAGUGAUGCGGAGGACAGUGAUGUAGGGAAAGGAAGGAAGGGAAAGAAGGGAGGAGGGAAGAAAGGAGGGAAGAAUGAGGAGGACAGUAAGGGGAAGAAGGGGAAUGCCAAAGGGAAGGACAAGGGGAAAGACAAGGACAAUGACAAAGGCAAGAAGAAGAAGAAAAAGGGCAGUUCAUCUGAUACCAACACAGACUCUGACGAGGAAGAGUCCAUGUCGGAAGGAGAGAUGGCCCGACUGAUGGAGGAGGUGGAGGAGAAGAAGAAACUGAUCGCCACCAUCAGGAACAAGCCAUGGAGGAUGAAGAAGAGACUUGUACACUUGAAGGAAGCUCAAGAAUUUGUGGAUAAGUUUGAAGGAGCUUUGGGCAAAGGAAAAGGCAGGAAGUGGUAUGCCUACAAAGUGAUGAUGACAAAGAAAUGGAUCAAAUUCCAGAGAGAUUUUGAGAAUUUCAGAACAUCCUGUAUCCCCUGGGAGAGGAAGAUCAAAGAGGUGGAGAGUCAUUUUGGGUCAUCUGUAGCAUCUUACUUUAUUUUCCUGCGCUGGAUGUACGGCAUGAACCUUGUCCUUUUUGGAUUGACUUUUGGACUGGUGGUCAUCCCUGAGGUUCUGAUGGGUCUUCCAUAUGGUUCCAUUCCAAGGAAGACUGUACCUCGAGCAGAACAGGACACUGCUCAGGACUACUCUGUCCUAAUGGACUUCAAUGGAUAUUGUAAAUAUUCAGUCCUGUUUUAUGGAUACUACAACAGCCAGAGGACCAUCGGCUUGCUGAAGUUCAGGCUGCCUCUGUCCUACCUCAUGGUCGGGAUCGGCACCUUCGGCUACAGCCUGGUGGUCGUGAUUCGCACAAUGGCCAAGAACGCUGAUGUUGGCGGUGGAGAUGGAGAGGAAGGAGAGUUCACCUUUGGUUGGAAGAUGUUCACCAGCUGGGAUUACCUCAUAGGCAACGCAGAGACUGCAGACAACAAAUACGCCUCCAUCACCACCAGCUUCAAGGAGUCCAUCGUGGACGAGCAGGAGAACCAGAAGGAUGAGAACAUUCACCUGCGGAGGUUCCUCAGAGUCUUGGCUAACUUCAUGAUUACCUGCAGCCUCGGCGGCAGUGGAUACCUCAUCUACUUUGUGGUGAAGAGGUCUCAGGAGUUUGCCGACAGGGAUGACCUCAGUUGGUAUGAGAAGAACGAGUUGGAGAUCAUCAUGUCUCUACUGGGGCUGGUGUGUCCUCCUCUGUUUGAGACCAUCGCUGAGCUGGAGGACUACCAUCCUCGAAUUGCCCUCAAGUGGCAGCUGGGACGCAUCUUCGCCCUCUUCCUGGGAAACCUCUACACAUUUCUGUUCGCCCUGUUUGACGAGGUCAACUCCAAGCUGGAAGAAGAGGAUUCCAUUAAGAAUGCCUCACUUUGGGCCAUAAAGGAGUACUACGCCAACUACUCACGCAUAAUCAAUGACACUCUAGUCACUCCACCCCCCAUGGACCCUUCUGAUGUCAUCAGAGGACCCUGCUGGGAGACCGCUGUCGGCAUAGAGUUUGUGAAGCUGACAGUAUCAGACAUCCAGGUGACCUACCUGACCAUCCUGAUUGGUGACUUUGCCAGAGCUGUCAUCGUCCGCUUCCUCAACUACUGCUGGUGCUGGGACCUGGAGGCUGGAUUUCCGUCAUAUGGAGAGUUUGACAUCAGUGGAAAUGUUCUGGGAUUGGUCUUUAAUCAAGGGAUGAUCUGGAUGGGGGCCUUUUAUGCUCCUGGGCUGGUCGGCAUCAAUGUGCUCCGCCUUCUCAGCUCCAUGUACUAUCAGUGCUGGGCAGUGAUGGCCACCAACGUCCCCCACGAGAGAGUCUUCAAGGCCUCCAAGUCCAACAACUUCUACAUGGGCAUGCUCCUCCUCAUCCUCUUCCUCAGUCUGCUACCUGUCGUCUACACCAUCAUGACCCUGCCGCCCUCGUUUGACUGCGGACCCUUCAGCGGGAAGGUGAAAAUGUUUGAUGUGAUCAUGGAGACCAUCGAUCUGGACCUGCCAGCCUUCAUGGGGACGCUCUUCAGUUACGCAGCCAACCCGGGCCUCAUCAUACCAGCUGUUCUGCUCAUGGUACUGGCCAUCUACUAUCUGAACGCCACGUCCGAGGCCUACAAAAACUCCAACAUGGAGCUGAUGAAGAAGAUGCAGAUGGCUCGGGAUGAAGAGAAGAACCGCAGGAACAACACAGACAGCACUAACCAGGUCAUGAAAGACCUGGAGGACCUGCUGCCGAACCGCUCCCUCGCCCCCCGUGCUCCCCCGGAGCCUGAAAAGACACCAGAGAAGGAAGCAAGGCCAACUAAGACGAAACCUGGGUCAGCUGGCAAAGGUGUAAACUUGCAGAAAGAUGUGGCGCUGGCAUCACCCAACCCCAAUGCUCGAGGGCCAGUGAACCAGCAGCCCGGUGCAGGACCAGGCCGAGGUCGUGGGAGAGGCCCCCCUCCAAGAUAA